GAAUAUUUUAAAGUCUUCCCGUUUUUCUACAACCUAUCUACUACCAUCAUGUGUCGCCAUUAGCCGCUCACACACAGAUGAGAAGAGGAAGGAAACUGAGCUCAUUCUAAACAACUUCUUCAUCUCAUUUGCAUAAGGUUCUGGGGGAAAAUAACUUCCUGUUACUUUGUUCUGCAGACUAAAGUUGAGUCUCUGCCAUUUUUAUGUCAUAUAAAGAGAUGAAAGCAGCAGCUAUGAGUUUCUCAGCAGCGAUCCGUGGAGUUAUUGUCCUUCUGAUGGCAGCAGAUGUUUGUGGUCAGAAUGGCUGGGGUGUGAGUUAUAGUCCUUCCAUUUGUGCCCUAAAAGGAUCAACGGUGGAAAUGAGCUGCAACUAUACUUACCCAGUCAUAUAUGAAAACGUACGGAUUGUUAUAGAGAAAACAUUAUGGUUUACAAAAGAGAGUAAUGGAAAUUAUGAGGAUCUGAAAGACGACAGAGAUUAUUCAGGUCGUGUGGAAUAUCAAUGUACAGAAAAAUCCUGCAGUCUGAAAAUCUCUAAUGUGAGACAAGCUGACUCAAAAGAGUACAAGUUCAGGUUCACAACAAACCAUCCAGAUGGAAAAUACACUGGUUCACCUGGAGUCUCUUUAUCUGUCACAGAUCCACAGCUCCAGGUGAAGGUAAACAGGUUAGACGAUCCAACCAGGAUCCAGCUGACAUGUCACACUGACUGUCAGCUGCCUCGUCCAGUUUCCUACGUCUGGUUGGAGGAUGAAACACCAAUCACAACAGAGAAUAAAAAUGUGUUCCUGUCCUCAUUUAACACCACACACAGAUAUCAAUGUGCCAUAAAAGGACGUGAGGAUGUUCCAUCUCCUGCAGUGUAUGCUCCUCGGACCACCGUUCUGUCAGUGACGCCCUCAGAAACUGUUGAAGGCUCUUCAGUGACUCUGACCUGCAGCAGUGAUGCUAAUCCAGCAGCUAAAUACGACAUUUACAGGGUGAAUGAAGGUCAACAUGGUCAACUUCUCAGAACAGAAAUACAAUCAGUCUUCAGCUCCAUCCAGGUCUCUGAUACUGGGAGGUAUUACUGUACAGCUGGAAAUGACCUGGGAAGCCAAACGUCUCCAAGUAUCGAUAUUAAUGUGAAAUACGGUCCAAAGAGCUGCUCUGUGUCGGUGAACCCCUCUGGAUCAGUAGAGGAGGGAAACCCAGUGAGUCUGACCUGCAGCAGUGAUGCUAACCCAGCAGCUAGCUACACCUGGUACAAGGAGAAUAAAAUCAUUCUGACUGGAUCGAAGGUUUAUCAUGUCGCUGUCGGCUCUGAGGACAGAGGAAACUACGUUUGCAAGGCUCAGAACCAGCAUGGAGAACGUAACUCUUCAUCUCUGUUUCUAGAUGUUCUCUAUGCCCCAAAGGUUCCCUCUGUGUCCAUAAGUCCUUCUGGUGACAUCAUGGAGGGAAACUCAGUGACUCUGACCUGCAGCAGUGAUGCUAACCCAGCAGCUAACUACACCUGGUACAGGGGAAAAGACAAAAAACCCAUGAAAUCAAAUAAAAAUCUCAUCUUCAACUCCAUCAAUUCAAAUGAUUCUGGGCAAUAUUACUGUACAGCCACAAACACGAAGGGACAAAAUAACUCAAGAGUCAAUGUUGACGUUAAAUAUGCUCCCAGAUCUCCUUCAGUGUCACUGAGUCCUUCUGGUGACAUCAUGAAGGGCAGCUCAGUGACUCUGACAUGUAGCAGUGAUGCUAACCCAGCAGCUAACUACAGCUGGUACAAAGAGGGAGAAAAGGCACCAAAAGCUUCAGAAAAAAGCUUCACUAUCACCAACAUACAAAAUGAACACAAUGGGAACUAUUACUGUAAAGUCCAGAACAAGAUAGGAUGGCAUAACGCCACUGUAACUGUGAAUGUUGUGGCAGUGUCAUUAAUGUAUAUACUCAUUGGAACUAUUCCUUCUAUUUUGCUGAUCAUGAUAUUCCUCCUUGUCUUAAUAUCGAGAAAGUGGAGAACAUCAACACCACCGCCUAAGCCUGGAGGAAACCCCAACAACAUUGAGCAGAGCCAAGGCAGCCUGUCGAAGUCGCAGGAAGACCUUCAGUACGCCAGCAUCCAGUUCAUGAGGAAGCAGAGAGAUCCUGUGUAUGAAAACUUUACACCUGGUAAAACCGGCACAGCUGAUCUGGAGGAAGAGGGAGAGCAGAACGUAGAGUACGCUACUGUCAAGUUUAGCCAGAGAACUGAAAACCCAGAACCCGAAGAUGAUUCAAAUGCUUUAUACAGCGUAAUAAAUAAACCUAAACGGGGUAAUUAAUAUUUAUUGCUUUACAGACAUACUUGUGGUUGUCUAGUUGUUCUUUUUUCAUCAUAAUUACCUGCAGCUUUGGCAGUCAGCCUCCAGGUGAACAAUAGGAUGGACCAAAGUGCCCAGUGAAUGGACUUUCUGCUUCGAAUUUCCCUUUUAUACAUAUUGUCAUUAUUAUUAUUGCUGGAAAAGAGGACAAUUCAACAAAUGUUGCUUUGUGACACAAUGAAACAGAAAGUGUAACACCAUAUAUAUAGAGAAGACGUCAUCUGGAAGACAUUGAAAGGAUGAAAUUAAAACCCAUGAGUGAGUGCUCAAACUUUCCCAAACAGGAGGAAGCGUGGUUGAUAGAUGUGAGGUAAUGAGAUGAAGGGGAUGGAUUUCUCCUCACCCACAAAAACAGUCUUUCUGUUGCAAACUCUUUUUUUCCCCCAGGACCAUUUAACACCUCAGCCAUAUAAUUAAUCCUGCCUUUAGCAACAAAAGGUUUGAGAGUAAGAGCAUUGCACCAGCUCUACAAGUCAACAGCCAGACCACUAACACUCCCACAGUGUUGGCGUAACGCUCAUGUCACGGUCGGACAGCGAGGGGGCUGUCCCGUCAGACCGUCAGUUCCUGAAACCAAACACACUCAAACAAACUUGUAACCGUGCACAGAAUAAAAAAACUUGUGGGAUCCAAAUGAUCCCCAUUCCUCAAGACUGUGGGAGUUUUAAGGUGACCACAGGUAUUUUUUAUUAAACUAAUGGGGGAGAAAAUGCAUUGUUUUAUCAGCAAUAUGUGCUUUUUCUUUGUAAAAAAAAAAAGAAAAGUGAUGACUCACUGUUGCCAAAUGAACAGG